UGUUUUUCUGUAAUUCAGUCAACUGACAACAAUUUCGUUAAAGCGGCUGAUCAAAAACAGACUUCCCCGCCUACAAAUUUAUGCUGAGGCUAAAAUCAUAAAUCACUCUUGACAUCUUAGACUUGAGGUUACAAUUCACAAGUUAAACGGUAACGGCUGAAGACCAGACAAAAGGCUGAACGAAAGGUGAAUCUAUGACUUACCUGUGUGUAAAGAAAACUAACGCAUGUGCCAAGAAGAAACAGGCUGUUCAGUGUGGCUCAUUGCCUCAGAAGGACUGUGAUCAUCUGAUGUCCUCAUUUGGACAGCACGAAGACAUCAAAAUCAAAUUGAACUGAUGUGAGAUAUGACACCAAACCUGAUACCAUAGUGACACAGCUCACGAUACUGACCGACAAAAUCUGUGGAAAGAAAAAAAUUGAAACCUCUAAAUAGGUCUUGUCAACUCCUAUCUGAUAAAGAAUCAACAGUGAAUCAGAAUGAAUCUGUACAUACAUGUAUUGGCAUGUGCUUUUGGUGUGGGUUCCUGGAUUUCCAUUAAUGGCUUAUGGGUGGAGCUUCCUCUGAUUGUCAAUAUUCUGCCAGAGCGAUGGGACUUACCCUCUUACCUCACAGUUAUCAUUCAGCUCGCCAAUCUCAGCCCUCUACUGGUCACCCUGGCACACCAAUUCUGCCCUGGUCGACUACGGGAAAAUCUGGUUAUCUAUUCGGUCCUUUCAAUUGGUAUUGCAGCUUGUAUUCUGCUAGCUUUGUUUUGGAAGAAAACCACAGUAAUUUUAGGGCAACCACAUAGCACAGCAUUUUUUAUCCUUACGUUCUUUCUCGCCCUUGUCGAUUGCACCUCCUCUGUUACAUUCUUGCCAUUUAUGAUGCAACUGCCUGCCAAAUACAUCACCACAUACUUUAUUGGAGAGGGUCUGAGCGGUUUGGUUCCAGGCCUGGUGGCGCUGGCGCAAGGGGUUGGGAUGUCCGAAUGUGUCAAUGUCUCAUAUGUGCCGAAUAACCUUACGGAGCCUGGACAACCUACCUUUGUGGUGGAGACACGAUACCUCCCUCCCAACUUCUCGCCAGAGGUCUUUUUCUCAUUCCUGGCAGUAAUGACAGCAAUAAGUCUAGGUGCUUUCUUCAUGCUAAAUCGUGUGCCUCGUACUUUUGAACUCUCCUCUGAAAAUCUUGUUCCAGAUGAUGUGGCGACAGUCUCUAAGGGUUUGGAAAGCCCUGUGGAACUCACUGCAUGCACAAACAGUGAAGAGAAAUUUGAAAAGAAGACCAGAUUGCUACUUCCCGUAACUCUGGAUAGCAGCUACCGGCUUGCAUUUAUGUAUUUAUUGGUAGUGUGGGUUAAUGGAGUGACAAAUGGGCUGUUGCCAUCUGUGCAGACGUUCUCCUGUAUGCCCUAUGGAAAUAUGGCCUAUCACCUCUCAGCUGCUCUGUCGUCAGUAGCCAAUCCAAUGGCUUGCAUCAUUGCAAUGUUUUUCCCUAAACGAUCUUUAGUACUUCUUGGAUUCCUGUGUCUGCUGGGCUCUGUUUUUGGAGGGUACAAUAUGGCCAUGGCUGCUAUGAGUCCCUGUCCAUUACUACAAGACACGGCUCUAGGGAGUGCUCUUAUUGUUUUGUCGUGGGUUUUCUUUACUGGCCUGAUGUCUUAUGUGAAGGUGAUGGUGGGUGUGAUUCUCCGGGACAGGAGUCACAGCGCUCUCGUGUGGUGUGGAGCGGCAGCGCAGGCAGGAUCGUUGUUGGGCUCUGUUGUUAUGUUUCCUCUGGUUAACAUCUUUCAUUUUUUCCAGUCUGGUGAUAUUUGCAACAACGAAUGCUCAUUAUAACUGUCUGCUCUGCUUUUUUAUUUUACCAUUGUCCAUUAUAAAUUCACCAUUUGUAUUUUUAUAUGUUAUUGUUGGUUAUUUAUGGUAUUGUGAAACAUUUAAUUAUCGUAACUAUUUUGGGAGGAUAUCAUUAGACAUCAUUAAACAUCAUUAGCUCAUCACUAAGUAAUUAUGUGUGUUAUAAACGCUGACUCAGGUUAAUAUUACAGGAAUGUGCCUUUCAUUGUCACUUUCCCUGCCAUCACUAGAUGGCGCUCAUUUACUGCAUCAUUUGUAGACAGCUCCACUCUUGCUGAUGAUGGCCUGAAUUUACAUCAGUUGCUGUAAGAAUGUAAUGAGUUAAAAUCACCCUGAAAUAGAAAUCUAUGUAAAGUAAUAAAUUCAAGACAACUGGCCAUCGUUAAAACUGAGUGGAGAUAAUUAGUGGUAGCCUAAUAUAGAGAAACACUAGCAUUGCAUAUAUUUUAUAUGUAUCAUAUAUAGCUCGCCAUUUAGCUGGGACUUUAAUUGCUUUUAGUCAAAGCAACCUGCAGUAAAUUGGUAGCAGAGACCCUAAACACCUCUGUAGCAUUGUGAGAUUGCUUUGCUAGGCACAAGGUAUGAUUACCACCUCAGUAAAUCUUCAGCUCUCCAGUCACACCAGUUCAGAAUCGACCAGUCAGCUCUUGAGUUACCAGCCUAGAUUUGUAACCACUAGGGCCACUAGCCGUGUUCAGUGGACCAGUAACUCUUCCAAUCAGAGAAAAUGUACGAUUAUUUUAGACGUCAAAUGAUUCAAAACACCAAGGAGAGCUGGAAGAAUUUAAUGAAUGACAGCACAUUGCAAGAGUUUUUAUGUGAAUAUAUUAUUAACCGAAUGUUUAAGCCUUUUACUUAGGAGGUUUUGUAGCAAAAGGCUGCAACAUAUUGUUAUUUAAAAGUUAUUUAAUUUACUGACUAAUAACCUGAGUAGCCUAAUACUUAAAGUGAAAUUACUCAACCUUAAGUCCCACCAAUAACUAUGGUAGGUUGCACAGACAGAUCCCUCUGCUCGAGUCCCUACAGGUGAUCAGAGAGGCAGAAACGAUUAACUGAUGAAGAGAGACAAAAAACGAGCACUGUUCACUCAUCCUGUUCUCCUGAGGCAAAGAAAGAGAGACACGGCGAGUUAAAGAGACAGAGAGAGUGAGAGAGGUGUCAGCUGCUGACCCUGAUUCUUGGGCACUCAGGAAUGCUUGAGUGAUCCUAACGGGGCGUAAAAAGCCCAAAUUACCCUCCAUACAUCCACCCUACGCAAAGCCUGGAGGUCAGAGGUCAGGAGAUCAUGCAGAUGCCCUCUUCACUGUAGUCAGCAUCUCAGGGGAGACCAGACGUUUCCUGAAAUCUCCACAAUGAAACAUCUGAUGAUCAUAUGGUAGUUCAGACAAUACAACUUAUAAGAUAUGUACAUUUCUAUAAUUGUAUAGUUUUGUUUUAUGUGUGACAUUUCAGAAAUCUUUGUAAGUUUUCUCAAAAUCUGCUUUACAACAAAAAAAAUAAAGUGUUUAUUAAAGAAUUAUCUUGAUUGACCUUUUACAACCCUCUUCACAUCCGCACCAACUAUGUGCCACUUCACAAGAUGAGGACUCUCACAAGCCACUGUGCUAGUUUAACCAUUUAAAGUCCCAAUUGUUCAGCUGUGAAAAAUGUAAUAGAAAUAACAGAAUGCAAGGAUAAUUAGCUCAAUUUCUUGCAUCUCUCUCUUUCUGUCUUUCUCUUUCCCAUUGUGCGACUGUGGUAUUGACAUGCAAAGUGUUUGGUGGAGAGAGUGUAUGAUUUUCUGGCUGAGUGUCAGAUGGUCUUUCACUCUUCCAGCUGGUCGGAGAGCGUGUUGCCACCUGGUUUCCUUAUUUUGCAUCACGUGAGAGCUGCAGAGGGUAGAAGGCUCUUUAAAAAUCACUGCUGCGAGUUCCAUCUGCUUUUGACUGAACUACGCUGAUAUGAACAUGCCCUUAAGUCUUCUAACAUGUAAAGACUCUACAGAAAACAUACAGUGUGCGGACAAAAAAACGACACACUGAUGUUCUCCAACCCAGUUAGACUUUAUACACUGGUGCAUAAAAGCGAUAAAAUAACUAUUUUUGGUACUUUUCAGUCAAAGGAGAAUCAUUUCUUUUAUAGCUUUGUAGGGGUGAGCGGGGCACAAACUAACGCCGGGGUUAAUUGUAACACGGCUACUUUACAUAUUUAUAGAUGGCCGAGCAAUUUGUGCUUUUGGUCUUUUUCUCUUACUU